ACGGAGCCGCCGCCGGCGGGAUGAGCGGGAGCGGCAACCCCGGGCCCGGCGCGGCGCCCUGCCGCUUCGCCCACUACUUCGUGCUGUGCGGCAUCGACGCGGAGAGCGGGCUGGAGCCCGACGAGCUGGCAGGAGAGAAUUUUGACCAGAGUCCCCUAAGAAGAACCUUCAAGUCCAAAGUUUUGGCUCAUUAUCCUCAGAACAUUGAGUGGAACCCCUUUGACCAGGAUGCUGUCAACAUGCUGUGUAUGCCCAAGGGGCUGUCCUUCAGGACGCAGGCGGACAACAGGGACCCGCAGCUGCACUCGUUCAUCAUCACCAGGGAGGACGGCUCCCGCACGUACGGCUUUGUGCUCACCUUCUAUGAGGAGGUCACGAGCAAGCAGAUCUGCACGGCCAUGCAGACGCUGUACCAGAUGCACAAUGCAGAGCAGUACAGCAGCGUCUGCGCCUCCUCCUCCUGCAGCAUGGACUCCCUGGCCAGCAGCAUCGACGACGCCGACGCCACGUCCCUCGCCAAGCUCCAGCGCUACAACUCCUACGACAUCAGCAGGGACACGCUCUACGUCUCCAAGUGCAUCUGCCUCAUCACCCCUCUGCCCUUCAUGCAAGCCUGCAAGAAGUUCCUGAUCCAGCUCUACAAGGCAGUGACCUCCCAGCAGCCUCCGCCUCUGCCCCUGGAGAGCUACAUCCACAACAUCCUCUACGAGGUGCCGCUGCCGCCCCCGGGCAGGUCGCUCAAGUUUUAUGGGGUUUAUGAGCCCAUCAUCUGCCAGAGACCUGGCCCCAAUGAGCUGCCCCUCUCUGACUACCCUCUGAGGGAGGUCUUCGAGCUGCUGGGCCUGGAGAACCUGGUCCAGGUCUUCACCUGUGUUCUUCUGGAGAUGCAGAUCCUUCUGUACUCGCAAGAUUAUCAGCGGCUGAUGACGGUGGCAGAGGGAAUCACAACGCUGCUCUUCCCGUUCCAGUGGCAGCAUGUCUAUGUCCCCAUCCUUCCUGCCUCUCUCCUGCAUUUCCUGGAUGCUCCUGUUCCCUACCUGAUGGGGCUACAGUCCAAGGAGGGAACCGAUCGCUCCAAGCUGGAGCUGCCUCAGGAGGCAAACUUGUGCUUUGUGGACAUUGAUAACCAUUUUAUCGAACUGCCAGAGGAAUUCCCGCAGUUCCCCAACAAGCUGGAGUUUAUCCAGGAAAUCUCCGAGGUUCUCCUGCAGUUUGGAAUCCCUCCAGAAGGCAACCUGCAUUGCAGUGACAGUGCCACCAAACUCAAGAACUUGGUUCUUAGUGACCUGGUGAAUGACAAGAAGAACGGGAACAUCCCCAGCAAUGCCCUCAACAUGUACGAGCUGCUGAAAGGCAACGAGACCAUCGCCCGCCUGCAGGCCCUGGCCAAGAGAACGGGCGUGACCAUGGAGAAAAUGACCAUCAGCACCCCCCUCACAGAGGAGAAGGAUGGGAAGCUGUCCGGUGAGGAGCUGGAGCUGAGGGACUACAAACUGAACGUGCAGCUCCGCGAGGUUUUCGCCAACCGCUUCACGCAGCUGUUCGCCGACUACGAGGCUUUCGUCAUCCAGGCUGCCCCCGACAUGGAGUCGUGGCUGACAAACAGGGAACAAAUGCAAAACUUUGACAAAGCUUCCUUCCUUUCGGACCAACCCGAGCCUUACCUCCCAUUCCUUUCACACUUCAUUGAAACACAGAUGUUUGCAACCUUCAUAGACAAUAAGAUCAUGUCCCAGUGGGAGGAGAAGGACCCUUUUCUGCGAGUUUUUGACUCCAGAAUUGAGAAAAUAAGGCUGUAUAAUGUCAGGGCCCCUGCACUGCGGACAUCCAACUACCAGAAAUGCAGCACUCUGAAAGAAGCAGCCCAGUCCAUCGAGCAGCGGCUGAUGAAGAUUGACCACACGGCCAUCCACCCCCACCUGCUCGACAUGAAGAUUGGCCAAGGGAAGUAUGAGCAAGGAUUUUUCCCAAAGCUGCAGUCAGAUGUCUUGGCAACAGGACCCACCAAUAACAACCGCUGGGCCAGCCGCAGCGCCAGCACGCAGCGCAGGAAGGACCGGCUGCGUCAGCACUCGGAGCACAUCGCGCUGGACAACGACAUGAGGGAGAAAUACAUGCAGGAGGCAAGGAGUUUAGGUAAAAAUUUAAGGCAGCCCAAACUCUCAGACCUCUCUCCAGCUGUGAUUGCACAGACCAACUGGAAAUUUGUGGAAGGGUUGCUGAAGGAAUGUCGCAUGAAGACUAAACGCAUGUUGGUAGAGAAAAUGGGCCAUGAAGCAGUUGAGCUGGGACAUGGAGAAGCCAACAUAACAGGUCUGGAGGAAAAUACACUGAUUGCCAGUCUCUGUGAUCUGCUGGAAAGAAUCUGGAGCCAUGGUCUGCAGGUCAAGCAGGGGAAAUCUGCAUUGUGGUCCCAUUUGCUUCAGUACCAGGAGAGAGAAGAGAAGCAAGAGCACAGUGCAGAGUCCCCAGUUGGUGGUGGAACAGAAAGGCGAAAGUCUGAUACAGGAAUUACUCUGCCUACAUUGAGGGUUUCCCUGAUACAAGACAUGAGACACGUUCAGAACAUGAGUGAGAUAAAGACGGAUGUGGGGCGAGCCCGAGCCUGGAUUAGACUUUCUCUGGAGAAGAAGCUUUUGUCUCAGCACCUGAAGCAGCUGCUUUCCAACCAGGCACUUGCAAAGAAGCUUUACAAGCGUUACGCUUUCCUGCGCUGUGAGGAAGAACGGGAACAGUUUCUGUAUCACCUGCUCUCACUCAAUGCUGUGGAUUAUUUCUGCUUCACAAGUGUCUUCACCACAAUCAUGAUCCCUUACAGGUCAGUGAUAAUUCCCAUCAAAAAACUAAGCAAUGCAAUAACCACAUCAAACCCGUGGAUAUGUGUGUCAGGAGAGCUGGGAGAUAGUGGUGUCAUGCAGAUUCCUAAAAACCACCUAGAAAUGACGUUUGAGUGCCAGAACUUGGGGAAGCUGACGACCGUUCAGAUUGGUCAUGACAACUCAGGGCUGCUGGCCAAGUGGCUGGUUGAUUGUGUCAUGGUCAGGAAUGAAAUAACAGGACACACGUACAAGUUCCCCUGUGGGCGGUGGCUGGGAAAAGGCGUGGAUGAUGGCAGUCUGGAGAGAAUCCUCAUUGGGGAACUGGUGUCCUCCACGUCCGACGAGGAGCUGGGCAAGCAGUGCCGCACCCCGCCCCAGCAGAAGUCUCCCACUGUCACUCGGCGCCUGAGCAUCACCUCCCUCACGGGGAGGAACACCAAGCCUAAUGCGGGGCAGAUCCAAGAGGGAAUCGGGGAAGCUGUGAACAACAUUGUGAAACACUUCCACAAGCCAGAGAAAGAGAGAGGGAGCCUUACCAUUCUGUUGUGUGGGGAGAAUGGUCUGGUUGCAGCCCUGGAGCAGGUCUUCCACCAUGGGUUCAAAUCAGCUCGUAUUUUUCACAAGAAUGUCUUCAUCUGGGAUUUCAUAGAGAAAGCUGUUGCUUACUUUGAAACCAGUGAUCAGAUUGGAGACAAUGAGGAGGCCCUUCUGCUUCAGAGAUCUUCAUGCAAAACCUUCUGUCAUUAUGUCAAUGCCAUCAAUACAGCUCCAAGGAACAUUGGAAAGGAUGGCAAAUUCCAGAUCCUGGUUUGCCUGGGGACAAGGGACCACCUGCUGUCCCAGUGGAUCCCGCUGCUGGCGGAGUGCCCGCCCAUCACCAGGAUGUACGAGGAGAACGCUCUCCUGCGGGACCGCAUGACUGUCAACUCCCUCAUCCGGGUCCUACAGACAUUGCAGGAUUUCAACAUCAUCCUAGAAGGGUCGCUCAUUAAAGGAGUGGAUGUUUAGCAUGGCUUUGCUGAGAACUUCAUUACUCCUUUCCCAAACAAGCAAACCACAAUUGGAGACCUGUCAGGACUUGAAUGCCAUGGUAGUGCACCACUGUAAGGCAAAGCUGCUGGUGGAAGCAGGAUUGGGAAUCCCAGUUUGUGCCCGAUGGGGACUGGCCUCUAAAGCUGCAGAAAGCUAAGAUGCAGUAUUGUAGUUUAUUUGAAACAGAAAUUUAGUACAAAAAAUAGAGUAUUUUCAUGUGUUAGAUGUGUGUAAAUAUGCUAUCUUUCUUUAAGAAAUUAUAUUACUCUAAGAAAUUUUUCUUAGAAUGAAUGUUCUUGUUCUGACUAUGAGUAGCUUAAACCCAGGGGAAGGACUUGGGGGAGGGAGGGAAGGACCAAGGUGGGAAGGGAUGCCGCUACUUGCUUGCGAGGAAGAAGCCAAUCAACGUGUAAAUACAGUGCAAACUCAGCAGGGCUUUUUUCAGGUAUUGCAAAUUAACACAGCAAAUAUCCUUCUGUAGCCAUUGUGAUUGUGUCACUCUUGGAAAUGCUGUAAGCAUAUGCUGGUUUACCCUACUGUACAUGGUCUCUCUUAGUUUGUUGUUUGUUCAAGGACUCGCCUUCCAUGCAUGGAAGCAGUGAGUUGUUGGGUUUUCUUCUGUAAGGUCUUUUGUCUCACUCCUGUUGAUCUCCAAAAGGGGAAACAAGUGUUGGAAUGCUUAAACACUGGAGAGAAGGACUGCUGUCAGCCUCAGAGCCUGAGAGGAUGAGACACCCCUGGAAGCCUUGCUGCUGCAGCCUGAGAUGGGGAAUGCUGGCUUGCUUGACUCGCUCAGUGUGUCCCUUCCCUGUCUGGAUGUUCUCAUGAUUCACCCUCAGCCAGUUUGUGUUAUGGAUGACCUUUUUAUUUUUCUCAUGAUGAGGAGUUUGGUUUAUGCCAAAUUCUUGCUGUACUUGAGAAGAAUCAUUGCUGUAGAACAACAAAUGCUGCUGUUGCUGUGCUACCAAACUGUAUCAGCUGGCUUUGAAAUGCUGACAGGUGAUGAAUCUUCCUUUAUCCUGCACAAUGAGUGUUCCUAGGGGAGUACAGGAUCCAGGAUGACUUUUUUUUCUCAAUUAUCCAGCUACAAAAUGAAAAGGAAUUAAGCAAAAGGAGGAAAAAAAAAAUCUCAUGUUGAUAUUUUGAGGCUUCUCUCCUACACUUUCUUUGUAUGCACUAAUACAGUGUAUAUAUGGAGAUACAGCUCUUGAAGAGGAGCUGGGAACAACUGUAUGAUACAGAUUGAACAAGAGAUUAUAUCAAAAUCACCUUGUGAACACCAUGUAGCAAAUACAGAGUGUAUUUUCCAUUCUUGUGGAUGGAGUUGGAAGGGUCUGAUGACACAGCUGACUUCACCUGGUUUUAAUUUUUGGAAGUUAGUUCAAAUACAGGUUUUUUGCUUUCACUUGUUUAUUCCCUACGAUCUUGG